GCGGCAGAGCAGUCGCGUAAUAGUAAACCUUUCCGCCUUGCCUUGGGGAGCUUCGACCUGACGAUUUAGAAGCUUUCGCUUUAAGAAAGCUUAUCCGAUUUCCCAUCGUUAGAUAAAACGCACACCAAAACAAACCCAAUCAUUUUUCCCCGCCGUCAACAUUCAACCGUCAGACCGUAUUAAUAUUUAAACAGUCUACAUACUACUGAAUCUCUUCAUCUGAGAAUUCGCUGUUUCGGAGCUUAGUCUUUAAUCUGUAUUAGCUGCUGCGUUUGCCCACGUCCGCCUCCCUCCUCGACGACGACCAUGGCGCCGAGCAGUAACCAGCCCACGUCGGCCGACAAGGGUAAAGGCAAGGCAGUCGAUAACAAGGCUGAAGAGAACAAGAAAGGCAAAGAUGGCCAGCCUCAAGCUAACGGCAAGAAAGAUGAGGACAAGAUCGAUUCUGCGGAGGAGCUGAGUGAGGAAGAUCAACAACUCAAGAGCGAGCUCGACAUGUUUGUCGAGCGAUUAACAGAAUCCGAUGCAUCCCUCUACAAGCCGGCCUUGGAGGCCAUGAAGACUUCCAUCAAAACCUCGACAUCCUCUAUGACAGCAGUACCGAAACCCCUGAAAUUCCUCAGACCCCACUACUCGACCAUGACAAAACUCUACGGGGAGUGGCCCGAGGGCGAUGACAAAUCCUCAUUGGCCGACGUCCUAUCGGUCAUCGGCAUGACCUUCUCAGACGAGGACCGUCAAGAUACCCUGAAAUACCGCUUGCUAUCACCGACGCAGGACAUAGGAUCGUGGGGCCACGAGUAUGUGCGUCACUUAGCCUUAGAGAUUGGCGAGGUCUACGCAAAACGGGUCGCUGCGGAGGAACCGGUCAAAGAUCUGAUAGAUCUCGCAUUGAUCCUCGUGCCCUUAUUCUUGAAGAGCAACGCGGAGGCUGAUGCCGUCGAUCUCAUGAGUGAGCUCGAGAUCAUCGAAGAGCUUCCCAAGUUUGUCGACGAGAAUACUUACUCCCGUGUCUGCUUAUACCUCGUCAGCAUGGUCAACCUCCUGACUUACCCCGAGAACGACCAAUUCCUGCGAACCGCUUACACCAUCUACAUGACCUACGAGGAACUAACUCCUGCUAUGAAUAUCGCUAUCAGGCUUAAUGACCUUGACCUUAUUAGUACCGUCUUCGACUCUACGGAAGAUCCGGCGCUGAAGAAGCAGAUGGGUUUCUUGAUUGGCCGUCAGAAGAGUUGGGUCAAUGUGCAUAGAAACACAGUGGCCACGAAGAAAGAUAUGCAGGACAUAGAAGAUACCGUGUCGAACGUCAAACUGGCAGAGUACUUCAAGGUUCUGGGCAAGGAAUUGAACAUUCUCGAACCUAAGACCACUGAAGACAUCUACAAGAGCCAUCUGGAGAGUAACCGAGUCGCUGGUAUGACCAACCUGGACUCUGCGCGACACAACCUUGCCGCUGCGUUUGUCAACGCCUUCGUCAAUGCCGGUUUCGGCAACGAUAAAAUGAUGCUCGUAGAGGAGGAUAAGGAGUCCUGGGUGUGGAAGACGAAGGACGAAGGUAUGGUAUCAACCGUGGCCUCCCUCGGGACCCUCCUUAUGUGGGAUGUUGAGAACGGACUGGAUAAGGUCGACAAAUACACCUACUCUACGGAGCCCCUGAUUGUAGCGGGUAGCAUGCUUGCUAUUGGCAUCAUGACCUCAGGGGUUCGUAUGGACAGCGACCCUAGUAUAGCGCUGCUAGCCGACCCAGAAAAGCUUGAGCAUAAGAAUCCUCUCGUGCGGAUAGCUGCUAUCAUGGGACUUGGACUUUCCUACGCCGGCUCUCAUAAGGAAGAGGUGUUGGAGCACUUGUUACCCAUUGUUACAAACCCGGAUAGCGAUAUGCAGACCGCCGCAAUGGCUGCGCUAGCUUGCGGCAUGACGUGCGUUGGCUCCGCCAACCCACUGGCGACUGAGGAGAUCAUGAGUGUUCUUAUGGACGAGGACCGUGGAAAUCAGUUUUCCGAUAAAUGGGUUCGAUUCUUAGCCUUGGGUCUCGGUCUUCUUUUCUUUGGCCGCCAAGAAGAAGUAGACGUCAUUCUAGAGACGCUCAAGGCUGUUUCUCACCCUAUGGCCAAGCCCACUGCCAUUCUUUGUGAGGUUUGCGCCUGGGCUGGCACUGGAGCCGUGUUGAAGAUCCAGGAGUUACUACAUAUUUGCAACGAGCACAUUGAUCCCGACUCGGAUGACAAGAAGGGCGAGGAAUUAUUGCAGAUGUAUGCAGUUCUUGGAAUUGCAUUGGUCGCUAUGGGCGAGGAUGUUGGACAAGAGAUGGUCCUGCGACAAUUCGGUCAUCUGAUGCAUUAUGGCGAGGCCAACAUUCGACGUGUGGUGCCUCUGGCUAUGGGAUUGAUUAGCCCUAGCAACCCGCAAAUGAAGGUCUACGAUACACUAUCCCGGUACAGUCACGACAACGACAAUGAUGUUGCGAUAAAUGCAAUCUUUGCCAUGGGAUUGCUAGGUGCCGGCACGAACAACGCUAGACUGGCCCAGCUUCUUCGGCAAUUGGCCAGCUACUACCACAGAGACCAAGAAUCAUUGUUCAUGGUUCGUAUUGCGCAGGGUCUCCUACACAUGGGCAAGGGUACCAUGUCACUUAACCCCUUCCACACAGAUCGACAGAUUCUGUCACGAGUGGCUACUUCAGGUCUGCUCGCUAUUCUCGUCGCCAUGAUUGACGCCAAGCAAUUCGUGACUUCCAAUUCCCACUACCUUCUAUACUUCCUCACCACCGCCAUGCAUCCCCGCUUCCUCGUCACGCUAGACGAGAACCUCAACCCCUUGACAGUCAACGUCCGCGUCGGACAAGCCGUCGACGUGGUUGGCCAGGCUGGUCGACCCAAGACAAUCACUGGAUGGCAGACGCAAAGCACGCCUGUGCUUCUAGCAUACGGCGAGCGAGCGGAACUAGAGGAUGAGGAAUACAUCAGUCUCAGCAGCACACUAGAAGGACUAGUGAUCCUUCGCAAGAAUCCGGACUGGGACAAUGGAAAAUAAAUGAUUGGGAGGAGUUGGCAUUGACUGAAACAACCUUGAGUUCUGGCCGAUAUGUGCAGGUCAGGCUCAACUGGUGGGAGGUUGGUUGUUCACGUUGGUGGGACCUGUACUAUUAAAAGGCAGAUAGUGCAUUGCCGAGCCUCGCAAAUUUAGAGUGCGACCUCGCUUUGGUUCGAUGCAUUAUAAACGAUGGAAACAAAACGAGACUUCUGGUCUUUCUGUA